AUGGGUGAAGACCGAGGCGAUGGCUCUUCAGCUGCGCCACCACCGUUCGGAGCCGUGCCCCAACAAUCGCAGCAGUCCGGAUCACAACAGCAGCGACCCCCUCAACCAGUAACCCACGACUCUUCACGCAUGGCGGAUUGGGAUUGGCGUGAGAUAAAUGAUGAAACGUUGGCACAGUUAUGUGUGUUCCAUGUUCCCGAUAAACCGGUUCAACAUCAGGACGCGAAGAAUCGUGCAAUCACAUCGUUACCUCUAAAUCUGACAAUUCGUCCAUCAGCACAAGAUCCUACGAGAAUGGGAGUGUGGUCGGUGGACUACAUCCCCAGAGGUGUUCGCUUUGGACCGCUGCUCGGUGAGGUGCAGAUGAACGGAGCCGUCGACGCGUUGAUCUGUCCGGCGGAAGCCGCGAGCGCCGGUGGCGCCGCCGGCGGUAGCGCUUCCGCAACCGCUGCGCCUACCACUUCGCCAAAGGAAUGGAAGGUUAUGUCACCAUCGGGUGGACGCGCUGUGAAGACAAUCGUUGUCGAAGACGAUAGCCGUUGCAAUUGGAUGAAAUUUGUGAACGUGGCUGUGACGAACGAGACACAAAAUCUUGUCGCCGCUCAGAUAGAGAGCGACAUUUUUUUCUAUUCGAUUAGAUCUAUCAAACCGAAUAGCGAGCUGACGUUUUGGUUCAGCAAAGAUUAUUCGCAGAAGCUCAACUAUCCAGUUUCAUGUGAAGCUGCUCGCAUGGCGAAGCCAAAACGUUCCGCGCCACCACCACAACAGCCAUGGGCCAUUGAGGAUCGGGCAUCACCACAGGAGGCUCUUGACUACAGUAUGAAACGAGAAGCUAUUGAGAGUAGCCGAAGUGAAAAAGCGGACCGUGGCGACACGUCCGACGUUGAGCCAGGCGAUGACGCCGAGUCUGAGAAAAGCGCUUCGAACAGAAAUGACUUCAGCUGCUCGCCACCGUCACUGGCUGAAGUACAAACGCGUCCGAAUGUUAUACAGAAUCCUGUACAUCGUCCCGUUCCUACUCGUUUGGCAUCGCUGCCGGCGCCAUCACCCGUACGGCCAAGUCCCCUGAACCCGCUGUCGCUGUUUCAGGACUAUUUUAGGAGAACUCAGCAGCUCAGUGGUGGAGGUCUUUGGGUUCCACCUUCAACUCCGGCAGCCGCGGCCACCGCUGCCACCGCUGCCGCCGCGACCAGAAUCACAGCAUCGGGAAGACCCAGCGAUGCUCAGCCAAUCCUAGCUGCCACUGCUGGCAGUGGAUUCGGAAACUACAACGGCAUAUAUGGCACUCAGGAAGUGAAGCCAAUUUUCUCCGCUGCUACUCCCGCAUUCGGUGCUGGUAGUCUUUCGGCGCAUUUUGGAGGAGGCGGUGGUGGAUCAUUUCCGGCUCCUCCCUUUCCAGCUUCUAGCACACCUAAUCAUAACGAUGGAGGCUAUGGUGCUCCGAAGUAUAUCCAACAACAGGAGAACGGAAAAACUCGCUAUGCCUGCAAGGAAUGUCAUAAGACAUUUGGGCAACUUUCCAACCUCAAGGUGCAUGUAAGGACUCACACAGGAGAACGUCCAUUCAAAUGCACUGUGUGCGGGAAAGAAUUCACCCAGUUGGCUCACCUUCAAAAGCACAACCUUGUGCAUACAGGUGAAAGACCACAUCGAUGUGACAUCUGUGACAAACGUUUUUCAUCGACAUCAAAUCUAAAGACACAUCUACGACUACACAAUGGUCAAAAGCCGUACGCAUGUGAUGUAUGUAGUGCAAAGUUCACACAGUACGUACAUCUUCGCCUACACAAACGUCUACAUGCGAACGAACGACCAUACGCAUGUAUGUCGUGUGGAAAGAAGUACAUAAGCCCCUCUGGACUUCGCACUCAUUGGAAGACCACCACUUGUAAACCUGAAGAAAAGGACAUGAAACUCGAAAAAGAGGACGAAGCCGUUUCCUCGACUACCCCGAUGCUUGUGGCUCCAUCGAGCACCUCCCAUAUGCAAGCUACAUCGUCCCAUAUGAGCGCUCCCCAGCAGAUGCAAAUGCAUCAUGAGAUGAAGAAACAAGCGAAGAACAGGCAUAUCUUGUACACUCCUCUUACUGAAGCUGCCGUUAUCGUGAUCACAACGAUGAUAGAAGAAUAUCCCGAGGGCCUAAGCAGCCUAGUUUAUCUUUGGCCGUGA